AUGGACACGACUGUGGUGAGCAUUCCUACCCUGUUUGAGAAUCUACGGGCGCAUGUUGACAUUCUCAGUGAAGGCAUUGAGCCACAAUUUAUUCAGUUGGCAACAAACUUUGAGCACUGCCGACGUAAAUGGCAGAGAAUGGAACAAGAGUUGGGAUCUUGUAAAGAGGCACUUGCCAAAACAGAGACGGAGCGAGGGGCGCUGGAAGUCAAGCUCAAACACGCUCGGAACCAGGUCGACGUUGAGAUUCGACGAAGACAGAAAGCCGAAGCCGACUGCGAGAAAUUGGACCGUCAGAUCCAGUUGAUCAGGGAGCUCUUGGUCACAGAGGGAUCCAGUAACAGCAUUCAGCUGAAUGAGGAGCAGCGGUCAGCUCUGGCAUUUCUCAAUGCCCGCCCUCAGGCACCCGCCAACCACAACACCAGCCGACGAUUGACAACCAUAGAUGAAUCAGCUUCAAUUCUGUCAGACAUCAGUUUUGACAAGACUGAUGACUCACUGGACUGGGAUUCCUCCAUUGUGAGGUCAAUGAGGCUGAAGAAGCGAGAAAAGAGGCGUUCCUCCAGAAACACAUCCGAUGGACCUACAACUGCUGCAAAAAAGUCACGCUCAACAGGCCGCACCACAGAGAACGGUAGUGAGUCUUUGGUGGCCAAGACCAUUGUAACUGUGCCUGCAAAUGGAGGCCCCAUUGAGGCUGUCUCCACUAUCGAUGCAGUUCCCUAUUGGACACGGAGCAGGAGAAAAACUGCUGCUAUGGAGUGGGACACAGACUCUGUGCAGUCUGAGCAUGUAGUCAAACAUCCCAGCCAGUCUGAGAGAGAGACUAAACUGGAGCCCAAUACUCCCAGUGGCAACAGUGGUGUCCGUCUGCAUGAGUUUGUCUCCAAAACGGUUAUUAAGCCAGAGUCAUGUGUUCCCUGCGGUAAGAGGAUCAAGUUUGGCAAGAUCUCUCUGAAAUGUCGUGACUGUCGUGUGGUCGCACACCCUGAGUGUCGAGAACGCUGCCCCCUGCCGUGUGUUCCCAACAUGGCAGGCACUCCUGUUCGCAUCGGAGAGGGCACGCUGGCAGACUAUGUCUCUGACACAUCUCCCAUGAUUCCUCCUCUGGUGGUGCACUGUGUCAAUGAGAUUGAACACAGGGGCAUGCGUGAGGUGGGAUUGUACCGCCUGUCAGGUGCAGACCGGACGGUUAAGGAGCUGAAGGAGAAGUUUCUACGAGGAAAAACAGUUCCUAUUCUCAGUAAAGUGGACGACAUCCACGCCAUCACUGGCCUCCUAAAGGACUUCCUGAGAAACCUCAAAGAGCCUCUGCUCACUUUCCGCCUCAACCGUGCCUUCAUGGAGGCAGCAGAACUGUCCGAUGAAGACAACAGCAUUGCUUUGAUGUAUGAAAAAAUCAGUGAUCUUCCUCAGCCCAACAGAGACACAUUGGCCUUCCUCAUUGUCCACCUCCAGAGGGUUGCUGAAAGCCCGGACACCAAGAUGGAUGUGACCAACCUGGCCCGUGUGUUUGGGCCCACUAUUGUGGGCCACGCUGUACCUAACCCAGAGCCCAUGACCAUCCUACAGGACACCAAACGCCAGCCCAAGGUUGUUGAGCGUCUGCUUGCUCUUCCAGUAGAAUACUGGAGCCAGUUCAUGCUGGUAGAACCAUCUGAACCAGAUCACAUGGUUAUUGAGAAUGGCAACUGCUAUGCCACUCCUGACCAGAAAGUGAGUAUGUUCAGACCCCUCACCACUCCAGAGCAACAGAUGAACAAAACUCCCUCCUCCAGCUCUCUGUCCCAGCGCAUGUGGAAAGCCACCGGAAAAAUCACACCCAAGUUUGGAAGCAAGAGCAAAUCUGCUGUCGGCUUCAGUCACCAGGGUCACUUCUUUGCCUCGCCUCUCCUGAAGUAG